UCUUUCUCCUCCUCCAACCUCUGCGGAGGCCACGACUCAGGCGCCGCAGCAGGGGGCCGCCUCCAUGGUGCGGGGCAGCCGCUGCUGAAGUCAGCGAAACCGAGCCUGGCCUGGAGCUGGCCGCGCGGAAGGCCAAGGCCAUGGCCAUAGCCACGUCGGCCCAGCUGGCCCGGGCACUGUACGACAACACCGCCGAGUCCCCCCAGGAACUGUCCUUCCGCCGAGGGGACGUUCUACGGGUACUGCAGAGGGAAGGCGCUGGUGGGCUGGACGGCUGGUGCCUCUGCUCCCUGCAUGGCCAGCAGGGCAUUGUGCCUGCCAACAGAGUGAAGCUCCUUCCCACUGGCCCGGCACCCAAGCCUGGCCUCUCCCAGGUGCCGCCAGCCCAGCCUGGCUCACCACAUCCAGCCCCAGAGCACGGCAAUGAGGACCAGGAGGUGUAUGUGGUGCCACCCCCAGCUCGGCCCUGUCCUACCUCGGGACCUCUGGCUGGACCCUGUCCGCCCUCCCCUGAUCCCAUCUACAAGGUCCCCAGAGGCAGUGGGACCCAACAGGCUGCCCCUGGAGAUGCCCUGGAGGUCUAUGACGUACCCCCCACCGCCCUCCGAGUUCCCUCCAAUGGCCCCUAUGACUCCCCGGCCUCCUUCUCCCGCCCUCUGGCCUGGGUUGUCCCCCAGUCCCCUGGAGAAGAUGAAGCUCCCUAUGACGUGCCUCUGGCCCCGAAGCCACAGUCAGACCUGGAGCCAGAUCUGGACUGGGAGGGGGGCCGGGAGCCAGGGCCCCCCCUCUACGCUGCCCCCUCCAACCUGAAACGAGCAUCCGCCCUGCUCAAUCUGUACGAAGCACCAGAGGAACUGCUGGCAGACGGGGAAAGCAGGGGCACUGACGAGGGCAUCUACGAUGUCCCCCUGCUGGGGCCGGAGACUCCCCCUUCUCCAGAGCCCCUGGCAGCCUCGGCUUCCAAUGACCUGGACGCCCUGGCCCUGCUUCUGGCCAGAAGCCCCCCACCCGCACACAGGCCCCGCUUGCCCUCAGCUGAGAGUCUGUCCCGCCGCCCUCUGCCGGCCCUGCCUGUCCCGGAGGCCCCCAGCCCUUCCCCGGCUCCGUCUCCUGCUCCAGGCCGGAAGGGCAGCAUCCAGGACCGGCCUCUGCCCCCACCCCCACCCCGCCUGCCGGGCUACGGGGGCCCCAAGGUCGAGGGGGAUCCAGAGAUCGGGGAGGUGGAGGACCAUCAAGAAGGACACCACAAUGAGUAUGAGGGCAUCCCGAUGGCCGAGGAGUAUGACUACGUCCACCUGAAGGGCAUGGAUAAAGCUCAGGGAGCCAGGGCCCGGGAUAAGGCCUCCCCAGGGGAUCCUGAGCUGCUGGAGAGGGGGCCACCAGAGCAGCAGGAGGCCCCGUCCCCAGGGGAGCCACUGGUUCUUCCCGCCGGAGAUCUACAGCUCCUGCACUUCUACGCCGGGCAGUGCCAGGGCCACUACUCAACACUGCAGGCAGCCGUGGCGGCCCUGAUGUCCAGCACCCGGGCCAACCAGCCCCCGCGCCUCUUCGUGCCCCACGGCAAGCAGGUGCUGGUGGCCGCUCACCGCCUGGUGUUUGUUGGGGACACCCUGGGCCGCCUGGCAGCCUCCACCCCUCUGCGAACACAGGUCGGAGCUGCAGGCACAGCGCUGGGCCAGGCAUUGCGGGCCACGGUGCUGGCCGUCAAGGGGGCCGCCCUGGGCUACCCAUCCGGCCCUGCGGCCCAAGAGAUGGUGCAGUGUGUGGCGGAGCUGGCAGGGCGGGCCCUGCAAUUUACCACCCUGCUCACCAGCCUGGCCCCCUGAGCCCCUUGGCCCUGCUCUGCCCUCGCCUGCCUGCCAGAGCCCCCUCCAGGCCUUGGGUGGCUGGAGGGCUCUGUUUUAGGGACUAGGAGAGGUGGAGGCAUCUCUCCCCCUCCCCCCCUCUUCCAGUCAUCUCAGCCUCUCACAGAGGCACCUC